AUGGCUCUCAAUUGGGAUGAAUUCCUCGAUGCCGAGAAUUACAACAUAUCAAACGACCAAUGGUCCGAUCUCCCACCACCACAAUCAGCCCCUCCCACAUCUGAGAUGCCCAAGUCAAUAUCGUCUCACACUUCAGGGUCAACGCCUGAGGACGUCACCAACUUCGAGAGUCUUCUCAAUAACACAUCAGGCGAUCCAUACUUUGACGACUCUUUGUUCAUAGCAAACGACUAUUUCCUGGGCGACCUUGACGUCCUGCAGCCCUUCGGCAACACCGUUGGUGGUGACGUGUCGGCUACGGAAUCGUCUCCUGAGCCCACCACUGGCCCUACCAACUUCUCUACAUCUCACACGUCGCCCUCGAUGUCAACCCACUCAACACAAAUGACACCAUCUCAAGGAGAAGCAAUUCGCCGGGCUAAGUUAUUUCCCAAUCCCGCCUUCGAGUCGUUGUUUCCAAAUGGCCUGGAAGCAGGAUUUGAAGGAGGGGACCUUGCCUUCCCAAACGGACCAGAAGCGUCAUCGAGUUCGAUGAGACCUGUCACCGACAAGAUCAAUUCUUCAGCACACAAAUCCGCCAAGCGAACCAAGAAUAAGCCGGACAUUCUCUCCGCGUGCUGGACAUCGCCACUAUGUCCCAACCAUGAUCAAGAUGGACCACCACCCAAUCCAUCAAGCUGCGGGGGAGGAUGUGCGCCUUUCCUGUUUGCCAACCACGACGCUCUUCCGUCUAUCAGCAACCUACUUACCGAGCCGCAAGAAGUCAUGGCCGACGAUGGCAUAGUAGAGAUCCAACCACGACGUAAGAAGCGAUCAGAAAGCGUCUCCUCAAUGAAUGAGCCGUCAGGCCGCCAAUAUCCAAAUCACAAUACUCCCAUUGACGUUAGAGAACGAUUGAAAAGCGAAACAUCGGAGGACUCGCCAAUCAAAGACUCGCCCCAGGCUUCAGAGGAUGCGAAACCAAAGUCUCGUCGCCGACUACCACACAAUCAAGUUGAGCGUAAAUAUCGCGAAUCCCUGAACACCCAACUUGAAUCGCUUCGACGUGUCGUCCCGUCUCUCCAGCAAGGACAAGGAGUCUGCGACGGCGCAGACAUUGAAGAUCUACCAACGCCAUCGAAGCCUAGUAAAGCUGUCAUCCUAGCGUCUGCGACAGCGCAUAUCAAACAGCUGGAGAAGGAAAAGAAGCAAGUGGCGGACGAGAAUCUACUGUUACGAACGAGGAUAAAGGCACUGCAAGCGCUUGUGAAGUGCGAGGACUGCAAUUUGAUGCAGUACGUCAUGAACCUUAAGAUUAACCAAGCGAAGUGA